UGGCGCUUCAGCGACGGUCACACCGCUGAAAUUUCGUUUUUUUGUCGACAAUUUGACAUUUAAUUUCUCUUAAGACCUCAUUAAACGAAAUAACGUGGGUGUCGGCCAAAAUUAAAGGAUUCCAGACGACAGUUGAAGGAAGCUAAUUCCGCCCCCAAAGAAAGUUCCCCUUCGCCCGAUUGCACUGUGCGAAAAACCGGUUGUUGACCUUCGGCAGCAUGGAGCGUCGUCGCUUUAACUUGAGCAGCAUGUCUCCCAUGGCGGAUUCCACGCGGAUCGACGCGUCGCUGAUAAGCAAUCGCCCGUCCGCCGCCAGUUUCUUGAGGGGUCUGAGCCCCAAGGGCGGAAACCCCACGCUCAAUGGCACCCGCACACCGGAAAGGUCCUUGAUGAACCACACGGCCACCUCGCCCAGCAGCAUAUCGCGACAGAAACUGAACCUCAGCCAGAUAGAUCCCAGAACCUUCGCCGAUGUCCAUAGUAGCGGACUGGCCUCCCGCAUUGUUUCCUACCACGAGAGCAGCCUUGGAGGACGUAGUGGUCUGCAGCGCAGCAUGUCCGCCAGCAAUCUGUACAACCCAUUGACGCAGCCGCGCAGAGCGCCAUCCUCCCCGAUACCCUACAAGACCAGGGUGCCACCACUUUCGAUGACCCAGAUUGCACCACCGGAACGCAGCUUCUACUCUGGUAACACGCUGCCCAGCCUGCUGCGCUCCAAUUCCCUGGCGGGAGUAGUGCAGAAGACUAGCGAGCAGGAGCAGUUGUCGCGGGAAAACCGACCCAUCCUGCACCCACCGCAUCCACAGCACGAGAGCGAACCCACUAGGAGCGUGCUGGAGGAGCUCAAGGAGAUCUCCCGGAAGCGCAUCAACACUGGUGAUGCCCAGCCGCCGCAUGACUUUACGAAAAGAAGUUGCCAGCGGGGUGUGGACUUUGUGGACCAUCACCGCCACCAACAGCAGCUGCAUCAGUUGCAGCAGCAGCAAAGUCAGUCCUUCAAAAGGCAGCGUGAGCUGACCGUAUCGGUUCCGCUCAGGCAUCAUUCAACAUCUCUGGCGGCAGCUCCGCCAUCUGCAUUGCAGCAUUUGCACUCCAAUGGCAGCAUCUCGCCAACACAGUCACCGGAGCAGCUGGCCAAACGGCCCAACUGCAGCUACAACAACGACAUUGCCUCCUCGCUGAGCUCCAGUCGGCGUCAUAGCAACAAGCGGAAGCUGUUCGACAUGCGCGAGAGCUUCCAACGGAGUAAAAAUGGGACACUAGGCAGUGGAAGCUCACCCGAGACCUCGCCUGGAGAAAAUGUGGCCAAAAUACAGCGAAAAGUGGAUGCAGAAUCUGUCAGCAAGGCGAUGAGUAUGCCCGUCCCAACUGUUUCGGCAGUUCCUGCCUCGCGGGCCAUUUCGGCACCUCCUAUCCAAAGAACAGAGCAGCGAUCUGUGGAGGUUCCGCCUGCGACGGAAAAGCCCAAGCUUACCCUCUUCAACGCGCGACAGUCACAUACGAAGGAGGAACCGCCACGGCAGGAUCUAAACAGCCCGGAUGUGGAUGCCGGGGAAUAUGCCGGCAUUCAGUUCGUGAAGCCGAAGCAGCAGAAUUCCAUGCUGGGUGUUAAGAAUCCCAGCGUAGAGCGCACGCACAAGACCAAGCUGGCUAUAAUGCUGAGUGGUUUGAAGGGCGAACUGUACCAUGGUGAGCCGGACGAGUUAGAUACCCCAGUGCCAGCCCCAGCGCCAGCGCCUGCUACCCUUCCGACGCCCAUCAAACCUAUCAUAGCGCCGCCUGUAACUACAACCACAUCGACCGCGACUUCCACUGCCACCGUGUCAACUACAGCUCCCAGCAAGCCGGUUAUAUUAAGUAACCAGAUUAUCAAACCAGCGGAAACAACAACCACAAGUACCUCAAAUGCAGUGCCCAAACUAGUGUUUGGUCAGCCUGCGGCACCCGCUUCGGCAGCAGGAGAGGCACCAAAAACCACCGACAAAGUCCCGGCGGCACCAGCAGAAAUCCCAGCGAAGUUCGAACUUAUAGCCAAACCCGUAACACCAGCAACAUCAGCUCAACCAUUAAUCACCUUCGGCACACCGAUAUCCUCAGCUCCAGCCACACUGUCAUUUGGAAAUCCCUCCACUACCACAAUAACUACGACUACUACCACCAUUAGCACUAGUAUGACUACCUCAAAGCCCAUAUUCUCAUUCGGACAAGCGCCUGCCAAUGGACCAACAGUAGGCGCUUCUACUGGGUUCAAACUGGACACCCCUGCGACAACAGCAGCAACCACAACUAACUCGGGAGCGCCAGUCACAUCAACAACAACUUUUGGAAUGACUAUACCAAAAACGACCGCAACGGUCGCUCCCACAACAACUCCAUCCACCAGUUUCGGCAAGCCAGUUCCAGCUAUAGGAGGAUCAGGACCCGCCACCAGCAAUAGUCCUGCAACAGCAACAAUAUCACCAUUUGGAGCAGGAGCACCCGCAGCCAAGCCAAUAUUUGCCUUUGGACAGUCGGGCAAUGCAAGCUCAGGAACUCCGACUAGCAGCGACAAUGGAUCCGCUGCACCCAAACCAGCUGUAUUUAGUUUUGACGGCAACCCCGCUCAAACAUCUCGAAUGGCGCCAACAUCGCUGUUUGGCAGCCAACCGCAAGCCACAGAAAACUCCUUUGGAGGCGUUUUCAAUCAGCCCGUGGCUACCAAACCGGAGCCAGCUAAGACGGGCAUCUUUGGAAAUCCGGAGAACAGCUUUGGAAACGCAUUUAAGCCACCAGCAGAUGUCGCAGCAUCAACCGCCGCUGAGCUCCCCAAGCCGUUCGGAUUUUCAGCCACUACAACCGUGGCUAGUGGAGCCCCAGCAGCCACGAAUCUCUUUACCUUUGGAGGGUCAGCAGCAGCCACUUCAAAGCCCGCGGAACCAGCUCCAACUAGCACCCAGAACAAUCUCUUUGGACAAAGUGCAGCCACAACCACCCCCUUUGGAUUUGGAGGAGCAGCCGCUCCAGCCGCAGGAGCCAUUGGAAAUAAGGAUAACAAAUCAGUGUUUGCAUUUGGAGGAGGAGGAGACAACAACUCAGCAGCCAAGCCCAGCGCGGUAUUCAGCUUUGGAGGCACGGACAAGAGUGCUCCACCUGCCUUUGGCAGCGUAGCAACGUCGGUAUCAUCUGCAACAGCAACGCCUACAAACAACGCUUUUGGAUUUGGCACAGCACCGAAGACUUCAACACCCAUGUUUGGCAGUGGAGCAGCCCAACAAAACCCGGCUCCCGCUGUGGCGGCCACCAAGCCAUUUGCCUUUGGUGGUGCCCAGCAACCACCAGCAUCGUCAGCUUCAGGAGGAUUUUCAUUUGCCGCCGUUGCGGCCAAAAAUACCACGGAAACCGCUGGAACAAAUGUAUUUGGCAGCCCCGCAAACGCCAGCAAACCAAGCUUUAACUUUGGAGGAAGCACUGUCAACCAAGCAGGAACAGCAUCACCAGCUGGUGGCUUCUCUUUUGCCACACCCACCAAGAAGGAGGAGCCUGCGGGCAACAGCAUGUUUGGAAGCCCCAACACGGGAAUAGUGAAACCUAAUUUCAGUUUUUCAAGCAACAAUCCAACCACACAAUCAGCGGCUCCUAGUCCAGCGCCCAGCUUUGGAGGAUUCGGAGCUCAAGCAGCAGCAGCACCAGCUGCAACAAACAAUCAGAACAAACCCUUCGCAUUUGGAGGCAACAACACCUCAGCUGCUCCCAGCCCAGCGCAGCCCAUGGGAGGUAACCUCUUUGCCAAUGCAGUGGCAGCUACUCAUAACCAACCGAAGCCGGGUGCAUUCUCUUUCGGUGGAGCCAAGAGCAACGCCAGCACAACAGCCGGAAACGCACCCUUCUCGUUUGGAGGAGCAGCUGCCGGGGGCAUCGCCUCACCGCCCAGCAAUCAAAGCAUGAAUACCGCAAAGCCGUUCAGCUUUGGUGGUGGUGGCGGCAAUCCGGCUCCCAAUGUCUUUGCCAGUCCAGCCCCUUCGCCGGCGGCCAGCAAUCCUGCCGGAGCCUUCGCCUUCGGUGGCGCUAGUCCGGCCCAGCAGGCGAACGCCGGCAACGUGUUCAUCCCAGCGCCCAGCACGCCGGAGGGUCGACCCAUCCGUAAAGCCACCCGGCGGCUGCAAAAAUAGGUCCGCGUUAAUGUCCCAAUUUAAUGUUCAUAGAUCAUUAUUGUUUUGCUAGUUAAAUUAUUGUUUUUUAUACCAGUCAGUGAAUGGAUUUAAUAAAGUCGUUGGCAAUCCGGUUUGUAAUAUA